ACUGGUUAUGUUUUCACGUGUUUUUUAAAGAAGGAAGUCGUAUUUUAUAUUGUCUUAAUUUAAAAUGGCUUUAAAACGUUUGAAGACUAAAAAAUCCAAGCGAUUGACUGGUAGGCUAAAGCACAAGAUUGACAAAAAAGUGCGUGAGCACAACAGGAAAGAGCGCCGCGAGGCUAAAAAGAAUCCCAAAAAGGGUAGCAAGAAACAGAAACUUAUUCAAAUCCCGAACAUAUGUCCAUUCAAAGAUGAGAUCUUAAAGGAGGUAGAGGAGGCAAAGCAGCGGCAAGAAGCCGAAAAGCUGGCCCGCCGUGAGGCAUUUAAAGCGGAGCGCGCACAGAAUCAGAACAAAUUCAAAUCAUUGGAAACGCUGGCUGAAGAUGCUGACAUGCGGAGCACUGUUCACGGGCUAAUGCACAAUACUGCCGAACAAGAUUCUGGCAAACAAUAUAAAAAUGCGACCACAAAGGAACAGUCCCUGAAGCAAUAUUUCAAAGAAUUCCGUAAGGUUAUUGAAAAUGCUGAUGUUGUUCUUGAAGUGGUCGAUGCUCGUGAUCCUCUCGGAACACGCUGCAAUGAAGUAGAACGGGCAGUACGUGGAGCUCCGGGUAACAAGCGUCUGGUUCUCGUCCUAAACAAGGCGGAUCUGGUGCCCCGCGAGAAUCUUAAUAAUUGGAUCAAAUACUUUCGGCGUAGCGGUCCUGUAACGGCAUUCAAGGCUUCCACCCAAGACCAGGCCUCACGUUUGGGACGCCGCAAACUACGUGAAAUGAAAACUGAAAAGGCUAUGCAGGGAUCCGUAUGCAUUGGAGCUGAAUUGUUGAUGUCCAUGCUGGGUAACUACUGUCGCAAUAAAGGAAUCAAAACAUCAAUUCGUGUUGGAGUUGUUGGAAUUCCAAAUGUUGGCAAAAGUUCUAUUAUUAAUUCGCUCACCCGUGGUCGAUCGUGCAUGGUAGGCAGCACUCCUGGUGUUACCAAAGCCAUGCAAGAGGUGGAACUUGACUCAAAAAUCAAACUGAUCGAUUGCCCCGGAAUUGUUUUUACCGGUGGAACUUACGGUGGCACUGAAUCCUCGCAUGCUGUUCUAAAGAAUGCCCAGCGCGUGGGCGAUGUCAAAGAUCCCUUCACCAUUGCAGAAAGUGUUUUGAAGCGAGCAAGCAAGGAUUACUUUUGCAAAAUGUACGACAUCAACAAUUACGACACUUUUGAAGAAUUUUUCGCCAAGAAGGCAUCUAGAAUGGGAAAGUUCCUCAAGAAGGGUGUGCCUGACGUUGUGGCAGCAGCUCGAAGUGUACUGAACGAUUGGAACACGGGAAAAAUCAAAUAUUGCACACAACCGCCAGAAGUUAAAGAAAACGCUAAUGUGCAUAUAAGUGCAUCGAUUGUGCAUGCCGAUGCUCGCGAGUUUGAUGUAGAUAACUUUGAAUCAAUGGAAACAGAUAUACUUAGCCAUUGUGCCGCAGAAACAGAUGACAUUAUGCAAAUAACAUCAACUGGGCCUGUUGAGAUAAGGGAGCCGAAACCGGAAGAGCCAGCGGUCCUGGUAAAUGAACAGGAAAAGCCUGCGAAAGGUCGCAAAAGAAAGUUGGUUGAAGAGAAAGAAAAACUUGAUCCCGCAUUGUUACUGGAAGAAAAUCAAUCCCUUAACAAAAAUAUAAAGGAUCUUCAAAAACGAAAGAAGAAACAGAACCAGCGAAGUGAGAAGAAAAUCACAAAUAUUACAGACGUUCUUGACAAUUUCAGUUUGGGAGGAUCAACGUCAAAGUCGGACAAAUAUGAUUUUGAUCAAGAUUAUGUUAUUGAAUAAAAUUAAUCAAAUUUGUUUGACUUGCAAAAAUAUAAUGUCUUCGGGGUUUGCCUUAAAGUUUA